AUGAUCAAUGAACUUAUAGCGUACGAGUGGCCAGAAUCAGACACAAGGUACGAUUGUAUAGUCGCUAUAUCCAUUGGAAAGAAACCUGCUUGUGUCGGUGUUUUUAUAUCUAAAACGAUUGUAUUAACAUCCGCAAAUCCUUUCAAUGAUGUAGGAAAAAAUAUCAGCGCAGUUGAAGUACACGUUAUUAAUGGUGCUUACAAUAAGACAAAAGCCAUUGGUGUCACCAAAAUAGAGAAUAACCACUCCUUUAGAAAGAAACGUUGGAUUCCUAUGGGAGUUCAAGGCACUAAACAUACUAGUAUUCACGACAUUGCUCUUCUUACUACAUCUGUAGCAAUUAAAGGGAUCCCCGGAGGAAAUAAAUUUUUGGGAGGGUCAGGAAGAGAACCAUUUCCAUCGAAACUUGUAAAUGAAACGUCCAAUUGGAUACCAGUUAAUUGGCUUUUCGCUGGUUUCGGAUAUCUUGAUAAAGAACACCUCAACAAUAGUUAUAUUCUGGAACUCAGUUCCUCGUCAGAAUUACUCGCGAAUUGUGACGAGUGGUUCCCGCGAGAGUGGGGUCGCUUUAUAUGUAUGUUGGAUGAUCAGUACUUAUACGGUCUGCCAUCUGGAGCGCCGCUCUUUGAGUUUGGGGAUACGAAUACGGUCUACGGAGUUGGUAGCUUCAGUUUGAAAAAAGGGAAAGAGAAUCUACUAGUAUUCACAGAUAUGCUUCCCUACAUCGGAAAGUUAACUGGAUUUGAAGAGAAAAAAAAACCAUAA